UAGAACUCUGAGAAGCGGCAUUUGUGCUGUGUGCGUUAUACAAGGAGUUGGAGUCGUUAGGUGUUGUGUGUAACACAACUGCUUUUCUGUACAGUGUAAUUUGUAUAAAUCAAGGGAAUGUCAGCAAAAGGCAAAUCCCAAGAUGAAGUCGUUUCUAGCGAAGAGGUGAAGAAUCCAAAAACAAAUUCUUUUUAUGAUGAAGAGAACUCUGUGAAAUUGGAUGGAAGCGCUCAGGAUCUUCUGCAGUUCAGGGAAUACUGUGAAUUACUACGUGAAACAAUAAGAACUACUUGGCAGCGUAAAAAGUCACAAGAAAAAAUUUGCUCCUCACAGUUUGCUAGUCUGAUGGUGUCUUUAAAGGAGUUAAACAGAAGAACACAAUUUCGAAUUCGGAAGGCUCGAGAACUAACUCUAGAGAAUAAAAAUAAAGUGGAUCAGCUACAUUUGGGUCUGCAAAACCUUUUAUAUGAAGUCGCUCAUCUUGAAAAUGAAAUUCAAACUUGCUUAGAAUUCAGAUCUAGACAUGAAGAUAUAAAACUAAUUCCAGUAGAUGAAUUUUAUGAAAAAACCGGACGUAAAGUUGGAAGUUUGUCGGAACAUCAAGAAACAUUGGAACGUCUUUAUUGGGAACUUGAACAAAGAAAAGCUUUAUCUGAUUCGUGUGAUAAAUUAAAAAAUUCAGUUGAAUCUACAUCACAAACAAUUAAGAAUAAACGAAACUACUUAGCAAGCUUUGGACCGAAAUUAAAAGAUGUCAUUGAGAGCACUCUAAUUGUGCAAGAGCUGAUGGACUUACCAUUCACAAAAGAAAAUGAACAGUAUAAAUUGGCCUUCCUUUUGCCGUCACCAUUGUAUAUCCUGUAUUCGGUUUUAAAGUCAUAUAUAUCUAUGUCAGGGAAAGAAUCAGAGCUUUCUGUGUCUAUUGAUGGUGAUUCGGAACUGGCAAGAGCUGUUAAUCAGUCAUUGGAACAGUCAGACUUACAGUCUUCUCCACAAGAAGCUGAGGAUUCUGAUAUGGAAGACAGAGAAGGAAAUAAGAAGCGCAAAAAGAAGCGUCAUACGGGAGAAGAUCUAGAUGAGAUGGAUAAAGAAUCCACAACGGAGAAAACAAUUAAUCUGCAUCCAUUAACAGUUUCUUUGACAGUUAGCAUUCCUAAAAAAUCAGAUAUACCAGUAACUGAGAAUGGCUUUAGUGUAAAUUUGUCUUUUGCCUGGAUUCUGGAUUUGCAUUUAGUAACAGUUAGGUUACAGUUCCCUCAAGAUAAAUCUACUCCACUUUUGCGAUCAAAAACUGGAAACGAUCUGCUUAAUUCUGAACAACUCUUGUCUAAUUUGUCAUCGUCUUGUGAUCAGUUUGGCUUUGGUGACUUUAGUUCUGACAUGCCUAUUUUAUUCCUACCUGACUCACAAAAAUCUCUUUCAUGGAAUGCAUGUGAAUCUAUUGGACGACCAUAUUCCUGGGCUCAACAACUUUCAGGAAUAAAUUGCUUUCCAGAUCGGCUGCCUGAUAAUAAAUCUGAUGAGCAGUCUUCAUCAUUGAAAUCUAGUGAAACGGAGCAUUUUGGUGAAAUUGAAAAGUGGAUUAAAUCACUUCAGUCACGUAUUAUUGAUAGAUUGUAUCUUAUUGAAGAACUUGCAGAAAUUGAACGCUCCAACUUGGUCUUAUCACCUGAACAACAGCAACUAAUUCCUUCUGAAAUUGAUUUAGGUAUUAUUAAAUGGAAAAACUCAAACUAUGAUGCAUUACAGUUUGUUCCUCGUGCUCAGGUUAUGGUAUCUUUAAAUCUGGUCCGCCCUGAAGAUGCAAUUUUCCAAUGUUAUUUUGGAAAAAGUGAACAUUGUUUUGUUAACGUAUGGGUUUGUAUCCCACCUCAAUAUCCGCACAAAGCUCCACUUUUAAUUGUUGAUGGAUUAAUUUCAUAUCUUGGUUCUGUCGGUUCACGAAAUAUAGAAGAAACUGUAACUGAUUUAUGUGAUCUUCAUGUUCAGGAAUUAGAAACUGAAGUCAAUUGUUAUUGGCAUGAAUUCUUUAUAGCAUCUUUAGAUCAAAAUGUUGGAUUGGCAGUUGUCAAUCAUGCUGGAAAUCACAGUAGUAGUAAUAAUAAUGUUACAGACACUUCAUCAAAAGCUACUACUACCACCACUACUACUCAUAAUAAUAACAAUAACAACACGAACAAUAGUCAGUGUACUGAAUUAAAUAAAUGGUGUCGUAAUAUAUUAUCAUGUCAGUUAGCUCGAUGUGCUUCUUGUAUUGAUGCUCUAUGUCGAGAUCAAAUUAUGUGGAGGAAUUCAUUGAAAUCAAAUAAUAAUUCAUCUGUUCGUGGUGUCAAGUAUCCAACGAGAAGUCGGCCUCUUCGUUAUCUACCUACGCCAGGCGCUUUUGUUCAUCGUUAACACUCACUUGUGUAUGUAUGUCUUAAUACUGACUAUUUGGGUGUCUUUUUUUAUCCACGCUUUCGAAUAUUCUCUGUUUCCCUGUUACCCCACCUUUGUUGAUAACUGAUAACGUGUAAUGUAUACGCUUAUUUGUACAUAACGCAUAAUCUGGAGAUAGCUAAUGUAAUGGUUUUUUAAAAUAAAAAUGUUAGUUUUUUCUCUCUGAUUGCUGUGAAUUAUUUCACCUGUUAUUUUUUUUCAAAUACCUUUCGAUAGGCGAGGACGCUGAAAAAAUGCAGGGUCUUCUAAACACCUUGAGCUGC